AUGAAGUCUAAUGCGGUUGUUUUUGUUUACUUGCAGGAAAUGGUUUACAUUGCAUCUGUUUAUGGAGAAUGGGUGAUAAAGGACAAUUUGUCUUGGCAUUUUGAGGUUGAUUAUCGGAAAGGAGGUAGAAUGUUCUCGUUGAGGGAUGGAUGUACACAUGAUGAGCUCAUUCAAAUGGCUUUAGAGGAUUAUUCGCUAACCAAGAUCGGACACCGUUUGGAAAUAUCAUAUCCAUUACCAGAAGUGUUCACUCAGCAAACGUGUAAUGAUUCUCCGCCCAUGUUUGUCACAAACGACAGACAAGUCGAAAGCUUGAUCGAGCUAAGUAGAAAUCAUGGUGUACGACUUUGUGUCUCUAGCAAAGGGAAGGAUGAAGACAACGUAGAUGGACCUUUGGAUGAAGACUUAGAUGAAAAUCUGGAUGAUGAGUUGAAGGAAGAGUUCGAUGAAGAGUUGGAUGAAGAUUGGAGCGCAGAACGAGAAGAAGUGUCUGAAGAGUCGGGUUGUGAUGAGGAUGAUGUAAGGGAAAAAGCUUAUGAAGGCGAUGAUGACACACACGCGGACUACAGUCAGUAUGGGAAAAUUAAAGAUGAAGACGUUGUCAUUGAUGUUCCUUUCGAUGAUCCCCGCCUUUUAGGGCGUGGUGUGGGUCAUCGUAUAGGAAUUGAUAAUUGGGAAGACAAUAUUUACGAGCACCAGAGCUUUGAUACCAAGGCCCAACUUAUCUCUGAGUUGCGUUUGACCGCGGUGAUGACAAGAUUCUCAUUCAGGAUAGCUGCGUCUACAAGAAAAGUGUUUGUGGCCAAAUGCAAAGUCGCUGGAUGCAAAUGGAGGCUUAGAGCGGCCGUAAAGAACGAACCCUCCACGUUUUGGGUGACAAAGUACGUGAAGUCGCAUACAUGUUCUGUUUCUGAUCGAGUACGUAACCAUAAACGUUGUACAACGAAGUAUAUUGGAAAGCUUUUUCUUGAUCGGACAGGGCUCAUUGAAGGAAUUGUGCCGCAACACAUAAGAGACUCUAUGAGGAGGAUGUUUGGAAUGAAGCUCGACUAUACGGCUUCAUAUAGAGCUUUGAAACAUGCCCAAGACUUGGUGUGGGGAACAGCUGAAGAAGGAUACGCGAAUCUGCCUUCUUACUUGCAAAGAAUCAAGGAUGCAAAUCCGGGAACUGUGACUGACCUUGUCUGUGACUCACAGGACCGUUUUAAGUACUGCUUUCUAUCACUCGCCGGUUCUAUAUCUGGUUUUCAGUAUUUGAGGAGAGUGAUUGUGGUUGAUGGGACUCAUCUUACUGGGAAAUACGGAGGAGCUCUACUCGUGGCUGCCGGACAAGACGCCAACUUUCAAAUAUUCCCGCUAGCUUUCGCAGUGGUCGAUGCUGAGGAUAGUGAAUCAUGGGAAUGGUUUUUCAACAAGCUUAGAGAUUGUUUCAGGCAAUUUCCGCCAAUGGCGAUAGUCUCUGACCGUGCCGCUGCCAUAGCUAGAGCCAUUGGAAUCGUUAUGCCCUGGGCAUCAAGAGGAAUAUGCUACUAUCACCUCCAAGGUAAUAUAGUAAAGGACUUCCACGCAAAGGAGAUAAUGUAUAUGGUUAAAGGUGCAGCCUACGCCCAUACGGUGCCUGAAUACGACCGUUACAUGGACCUCAUAAGAGCUGCGAACCCUGCCCUAGCUACUUACUUAGAGACCGCAGAUCCGAAGUUAUGGUCGAGAGUUCAUUUUGAAGGUGAUAGAUACAAUAUAAAGACGAGCAACAUCGCAGAAUCUAUUAACUCGGCUGUCAAGAAAGCAAAAGGAUUACCUAUUCCUCGUCUUUUGGAGUUUAUUAGGGAGAAGCUCGGGAGAUGGUUUAGCAAGAGGCGGGAGGAUGCACUGAGUCUCACAACCAGACACAGCAGAGGUGUUGAGUACAUAUUGGCCAUACGGUCUUACUAUGCGGGAAGUAUGAUCGUAGAUCGCAUAGACGCUUGGCGCUUUCAUGUUAAAGGCGGGAGACGAGAUUGUAAUGUCGACUUGGAGAAUCGAACAUGCUCGUGCGGUGUGUAUAACGUUGAAAAAAUCCCUUGCUCUCAUGUUAUUGCAGCUGCAGCCGAAGCUAACGUCGACAUGUCCUAUUACGUAUGCGCCACUCAUUCGACGCCUUCCUUGUUCUCAACAUAUGCACAUCCGAUUUACCCCAAAGAGGGAACUGACUCCCACGUGAAGCCUGUUCGCUGUUUGCCUCCAGGGGAGAGUGUCCCUUCUGGAAGGCCGAAGAAGUCGAGGUGGCAAACUUGGCUAGAGAUGUCUAGGAAGAAAAACACAAAACCGAGGAAAACGCAUAAGAAGUACAGCUGCUCUAAGUGCAAGGAACCUGGUCAUACUCGCCCCAAUUGUGUCGCUGAAGACUGA